GCAUCUCCACAUUUGCAGGCGCUAGGAGGCCACCACAUAUGAACAAUACCACAACCAGAUUGCCAUCAUCAGCAACCGCUCCAUAUUUACCAUUUUGCCACCACUCCCAUUUCCUUUCUUCCAAUACCUCAUCUUUCAGUCCUCUCUUUCAUUCAACCAAAUACCCAUCUCUCCAAAACCCAAAAUCACCCCCAUAUCCCCUCCAAAAACCCACCGAUUCUCCUGCUUUUAGGCCGCUGGAGAGAGCAUCAAUGGCAUCUUCAGCACCAUCAGCAGGUGCAGCCACAGAGACGAAGCCUUUCUCUGUUCUUUUUCUGCUAGGUAACAUAUGCCGGAGUCCAGCUGCUGAAGGUGUCUUCAGAGAUAUUGUGAAAAAGAAAGGCCUCGACUCCAAGUUUAAAAUUGACUCUGCCGGCACCAUUAAUUACCAUGAGGGAAACCUGGCAGACCCAAGAAUGAGGGCAGCCUCAAAAAGGUUUGGCAUUGAGAUAACAUCUAUUUCAAGGCCAAUCCGGCCAUCUGAUUUUAGUGAUUUUGACCUUAUUCUUGCAAUGGACAAGCAAAAUAGAGAGGAUAUAUUAAAGGCUUUCGAUAAGUGGAAAUCCAGAGACAAACUUCCCGCUGAUGCAUAUAAAAUGGUUAGACUGAUGUGCUCCUAUUGUAAGAAACACGACGAGACUGAAGUCCCGGAUCCAUACUAUGGUGGACCGCAAGGUUUCGAGAAGGUUUUAGACUUACUCGAAGAUGCUUGCGAAUCAUUACUGGACAACAUCUUGGCUGAAAAUGGCGGCACUCAUAGUUCCUAAGUUCCUUUGAAACCCCAGUUAUGUGUUCUAAGAGGAACUUCCAUUGGCGUUUGC